AUGUUUCAACGGAAAAGACCGCCGCAGCUAACGGUGCAAGAGGAGCUCAGGCAGACAUACGCCGACUGCUGUAACCUCAGCAUCAAGAACUUGACCCUAGAAGAAGAUAAUCGGGUGGAAGAUGCUUUAAAAGGCUGGAAAUCACUACAUACGUCACUUUUGUUCAAGCUCGAACUAUUCGAGAAAAGCAUCACAAAAAUGGGCCAGGAAGAGCUCGAUGUGUUCAAUGAGUUGCGUUCCAUCCGGGACCAGAACGUCAAGCAUCUUAUCCGUGUACAAUUGAGAAUGGACGAAUUAAAUAGGAGACAACUCAAAUCUGCUUCCACCACCUCCGUGGCCAGUUCUACCUCCGGUAAAUCCAACAUGACGGUUCCAUCGUUGCGCCUGGGGUCGGGAGGUAUGAGAAACCUAAGCAAUGGCAACGUGCAAAAAAAGAAGAUGCUCAAGUCGUUGAGACAGCAACCUCAGCAGAGCUCAUUAAAGUCAAAGCAUAACCAGCAUCAAGCCAACACGGCCGCCAAUGUGUCGUGGCAGAAGCCUUCUAUAACCGUGGUGGACACCGGGGACGACGACGAAGCGUUUGACGACUUUGACCAGGACCUCGCGGUGGGGUGGGACAAAAUCAGCGACGAAGACGCCCACACGCCGCCGAAUUUAAUCGACUUGGACGGUGACUACUUCCAGCUCAGCCAUUCAAUGGAGAAUUUGAGCCUCAAGCCCAAAUCUCGCCAUUCCAGCAUGAGCAGCAACUCGAAUUCAUCUCCCAACAACUCGAUCAUGAACUUGCAACCGUUACGACCAGAGAAGCCCCAGAGCAAAAGCACACCAGAUAUACGUCCCCAUGGCAAUGGAGAUGUCCCCAGUGGCGCCGGCUCCAAAACAUCGACCAAGUCUCAAGUCCCAGCAUCUUCAGAAAAGAAGUAUAUCUACAAUAAGCCCAAGCCGAUGAACAUUAGUCGGCUUAUGAAGAAGCCUCAAACCCCCCUGACGUCAUCUACAUCACCGAAGAAGGCCGCUACUAGUACCAAACCAAAGGCAACAGCCCCUGCUAGAUUGGGGCCUGCCCCAAUAAAGAAGUCGAAUAUUACUUACAACUACGUUUCUUCCUCAAAGAAGAGCACUCGGGCCGAGUCACCAACGCCCACGUCUACACCGGUGCCUGCAAAAAAGCAAGCCAGUGAUGAGUCGAGUGAGUCGGAUGAAAAUGAGGACUUUGACAUGCGAGAUCUCCUAAACCCAAAGGUGCAGAAUAAGGUGAUUGAGCUGGUCAGAGGUAUCGAUGUGGAUGCAGCCAAGCUGAUUCUUAACGACAUUGUGGUGCACGGAGACGAAGUGUACUGGGAAGACAUUGUCGGGUUGGACAACGCAAAGAACUCGUUGAAAGAAGCAGUGGUGUAUCCGUUUUUGCGGCCGGAUUUGUUCAAGGGCUUGAGAGAACCUACUCGAGGUAUGCUACUUUUUGGGCCUCCUGGGACCGGUAAAACGAUGUUGGCACGGGCGGUGGCCACUGAGAGUAAGUCAACAUUCUUCUCCAUCACCGCCUCGUCCAUUACGUCCAAGUACUUGGGAGAAAGUGAAAAAUUGGUCAGGGCGUUGUUUGUUCUCGCCAAAAGAUUAUCACCAUCUAUUGUGUUUAUCGACGAAAUCGACUCGUUGCUUGGGUCCAGAAACGAAGGAGAGCUCGAGUCCACCCGCCGAAUCAAAAACGAGUUUUUGAUCCAAUGGAGUGAAUUGAGCAGUUCCACCACCAAGGAGGACGAUGCCAAUGAGCUCAAACAUCAGGUUUUGAUCCUCGGGGCCACCAACAUGCCGUGGUCAAUUGACGAGGCAGCACGAAGAAGGUUCGUCAAGAGACAGUACAUCCCGUUACCCGAAGAUGAAACUCGGGCGAAUCAAGUGAAAAGGCUUCUCAAGUACCAAAAACACACUCUCGAAGACGCAGAUUUUCAAGAGAUUAUUAAAUUGACCGCUCAAUUUAGCGGAAGCGACAUCACAGCUUUAUGCAAGGAUAGUGCGAUGGGGCCUUUACGGUCGCUUGGAGAAUUGCUCUUGCUGACACCUACCGAGGAGAUCCGACCCAUGAACAUGGAUGACUUUCGCAACAGCUUAAAGUUUAUAAAGCCAAGUGUUCUGUACGAGAGUCUAAGUAAAUAUGAAGAUUGGGCUAAGAAGUUUGGAUCUCUGGGAGUAUGA